AUCCCCCUGCUUCCCUUCUCCCACGGUCGCCCAGGGAUGCAAGUUGUCCCGCAUGCAUAUACAUGCAUAUUUUCUCCCCUUGGCUGUGUGUGCGCGCGCGUUUUUCCUUAGCCGACCUCCACGUUUUCUCUUUCCAGGCUGAUCGGCUGAACUGAGGCUUUAACUCGCUGAUCUGUUAGCUGGCUUGGGAAACAAAUCCUCUCCUCACCGACUUCGUGGCGAAUGAGCCCUCUGCAGCCGAAUGCUGAGAGAAGCAGAGCGCAUUUCCAAGCAAAGGAGGAAAGGCGCUGAAGCUACGACGGAAACUUUGCUCCUGCAAACCUUUCUAACCUUUUGCAUCCGCUGAAAAGCCAGAGCCAAGCUGCCUGCAAAACUACUGCUACUGUCUGCUCGUGCAUAACCUGGUUUGCGCGGUUUUAAUUUUGCAUUUGCCUUCUUGUGGUUUUUUUUUUAAAAGCUGAAACUGCUUUCCUUGGCUGAUCAAUGGUCCUCUUAUAUCCCUUUAUUUAAACAAACUGGUGGACGCCUUGCAAACUUUCCUCGCCUUCUCGCGCCUUGCACGCUGGCAGCGGAGAGUGAAAGGCAGCAGAAACACUGCUGGAAAGGAGCGGGGGGAAGGCAUUGCAAUUAUUUUUCAUCGCCGUUAUUGUCACCCUCGCCAAGCGUCCUCUCUCCCUCUCUGUCUCCGGAUUCGGCCGACCCGCCUUGGGGGCGACUGCUGAGCAGUGAUGAUGCCCUUGCUCUGAGCCCCGUUCCCUGCCUGCUCCAUCAAGUCCUACUAUGCCUCGCUUAUCUCCACAGACAGCAGCUCUAUGGCGAGAGAGGCACACCGGGCAGGCGCGUGUGUUCUCCUAAGGCUAUCCAGAAGGGAGCAGAUCACAAGCGGUCCGGAUCCUGACCCUGAUUGUAUGAAUAAUUUGCUGAUGUGCAGCCCGACUCCUUCGCCCAGUAGCAGGCGCGGGAGCAGUAACGGGAUCGGGAGCAGCAGGAGACUCGGCGGGAGGCAAGCGGCAACCAGGAUUCCCACGACUUGGCUCAGCCGCUCGAGCCCUGGCAGGAGAAACCCCGGGCAGCCCUUUGCUGCUGCUGCUGCUGCGGGGGCGGCCGUGGCUGUGGCGGGAGAAUUUGCAAGAGCGGCGGCGGCGGCGGCGGCACCAGGAGCCCAGGAAAGUUUGCUUGGCCUUUGACAGAGGCGGGGGAGCCAGGCGCUCUGAGAGGGCGGCAGGCGAGCGCCUCUCUGCUUCCAACUUCCCUCCUUGCCCGAGCGGAGAAGCUCCCUUUUCCCACCUCCCUCCCCUCCCCCCACUUCCCUCAUGUUUCACUCGCGAGUGGGGAAGCUCCAGAUCAGACACCCGGAGAGGAGCCUUUAAGUGCGGACGAGAAUCCCGCCUGCCUGCCACCCCUUCCUCGUUGCAAAUCCAGCGUGGACGGGAGUGAGCCUCUAGGGGUUUGAACUUGCUUCUGCAAAGCGCCCCCCAGCCCCCACGGCUUUCCUCCUUCCACCCGGCGCCCUCUCCCUCUCCCUCUCCUCUCUUUCUGGGAAGGAGAGUGAACAUGCUUUGCUGGAGGAUGGCUCUGUGGCUGGCUGGCGUGACCCUCUGUGGCAAGCUCUCCCGCUGCUCCGGCCUCGAUUAUGACUACGCUUACGAUUUCAACGAAGAGGAUAAGGCUGAGGCGAUAGAUUAUAAGGAUCCUUGCAAAGCCGCUGUCUUUUGGGGAGAUAUUGCCUUAGAUGAUGAAGACUUAAAAAUCUUUCAGAUUGACAGGACAAUUGAUCUUACACAGCAUUCAAAUGAACAACUUGGACAUAAUACAGGUGGCUUUGGAGAGCGUGGUGUAUCAAAAAAAAGUGAUGCCCUUUAUCAGCUUAUAGACAGGAUAAGAAGAUUUGGCUCAGGUUUUGAACAUAAUAAUACAACUAAGGGAAGAACAGCCCUAACGUUCUCAGGUAGCUAUGAGAGAAAAAGAUAUCCUAGGGCAGCUACGUCACGCACAGAAAGAAUAUGGCCGGGAGGUGUCAUUCCAUACGUAAUAGGAGGAAAUUUUACUGGCAACCAGCGAGCAAUGUUCAAGCAAGCAAUGCGGCACUGGGAAAAAUAUACUUGUGUUACAUUCAUUGAGCGAAGUGAUGAAGAAAGUUACAUUGUGUUUACAUAUAGGCCUUGUGGGUGCUGCUCUUAUGUAGGUCGAAGGGGUAAUGGUCCUCAGGCAAUAUCUAUUGGAAAGAACUGUGAUAAAUUUGGAAUUGUUGUUCAUGAGCUGGGACAUGUAAUAGGAUUUUGGCAUGAACACACAAGGCCUGACAGAGAUGAUCAUGUAACCAUCAUCAGAGAAAACAUCCAGCCAGGUCAGGAGUACAACUUUUUGAAGAUGGAGCCUGGAGAAGUGAAUUCUCUGGGGGAGCCAUAUGAUUUUGAUAGCAUUAUGCACUAUGCCAGGAACACCUUCUCAAGGGGUAUGUUUCUGGAUACCAUACUUCCUUCCCGUGAUGAUAAUGGUAUACGACCUGCCAUUGGUCAGCGCACACGACUAAGUAAAGGAGAUAUUGCACAAGCAAAAAAGCUGUACAGAUGUCCAGCUUGUGGUGAAACACUACAAGAGUCUACAGGCAACUUUUCCUCUCCAGGAUUUCCAAAUGGCUACCCUUCAUAUACACACUGCAUAUGGAGAAUUUCAGUUACACCUGGAGAGAAGAUUGUUUUAAACUUCACUACAAUGGACCUCUAUAAGAGCAGCCUCUGCUGGUAUGACUAUAUUGAAGUAAGAGAUGGCUACUGGAGAAAAUCACCACUGCUAGGCAGAUUCUGCGGUGACAAACUGCCAGAUGUACUCACCUCUAGUGACAGCAGAAUGUGGAUAGAAUUUCGUAGCAGCAGUAACUGGGUAGGAAAGGGUUUUGCAGCCAUUUAUGAAGCAAUUUGUGGAGGUGAAAUACAUAAGAAUGAAGGCCAGAUCCAGUCUCCUAAUUAUCCUGAUGAUUACAGGCCAAUGAAGGAAUGUGUGUGGAAAAUAACAGUGUCAGAGAACUACAAUGUCGGAUUAACCUUUCAGGCAUUUGAGAUUGAGAGACAUGAUAACUGUGCCUAUGAUUACUUAGAAGUUCGAGAUGGAACCAGUGAAAGCAGUCCUUUGAUUGGCCAUUUUUGUGGCUAUGAUAAACCAGAAGACAUAAGAUCUACCUCCAAUACCCUGUGGAUGAAAUUUGUUUCUGAUGGAACAGUCAACAAAGCAGGGUUUGCUGCUAAUUUUUUUAAAGAGGAAGAUGAAUGUGCCAAACCUGACAAUGGUGGAUGUGAACAGCGGUGUGUGAAUACGCUGGGCAGCUAUCAAUGUGCUUGUGAUCCAGGCUAUGAGCUUGGGCCUGAUAAGAAGAGUUGUGAAGCUGCUUGUGGAGGACUUUUGACAAAACUGAAUGGGACUAUAACUACACCAGGAUGGCCCAAAGAGUAUCCCCCUAACAAAAACUGUGUGUGGCAGGUAGUUGCUCCCACCCAAUACAGAAUCUCAGUGAAGUUUGAAUUUUUUGAAUUGGAAGGAAAUGAAGUUUGCAAAUAUGAUUAUGUAGAAAUCCGCAGUGGCCUUUCUUCUGAUUCCAAACUGCAUGGCAAAUUUUGUGGUACAGAAGUGCCUGAAGUUAUUACAUCACAAUACAACAACAUGAGAAUUGAGUUCAGAUCGGAUAAUACUGUCUCAAAAAAGGGUUUCAAGGCUCACUUCUUUUCAGACAAAAGAGCUGCCUGCAAGGAGAAAAUUUUUGUUUUUGAAUCAUGCAAGGACUUGAUACAGGUUGCCCCUUCAGGCCGAGUACGUAUAAUUCACAGACUGGUGGCCUCUGAGGGUCUCAGAGACAAGGACGAAUGUUCAAAGGACAACGGUGGCUGCCAGCAUGAAUGCAUCAACACUGUAGGAAGCUAUGUGUGUCAAUGUCGCAAUGGAUUUGUGCUACAUGAAAACAAACAUGACUGCAAGGAAGCUGAGUGUGAACAGAAGAUCCAUAGUCCAAGUGGAAUUAUCACAAGCCCUAACUGGCCUGACAAGUACCCAAGUAGGAAGGAAUGCACAUGGGAAAUCAGCGCCACUCCUGGUCAUAGAAUCAAAAUAGUUUUUAAUGAGUUUGAAAUUGAACAACAUCAGGAGUGUGCUUAUGACCAUUUAGAAGUGUUUGAUGGAGAAACGGAAAAGUCACCAAUUCUCGGACGUUUAUGUGGAAAUAAGAUACCAGAACCUCUUGUUGCUACUGGAAAUAAAAUGUUCCUUCGGUUUGUUUCUGAUGCAUCUGUACAGAGAAAAGGUUUCCAAGCUACACACACUACAGAGUGUGGUGGUCGCUUGAAAGCUGAAAGCAAGUCGAGAGACCUCUAUUCCCAUGCUCAGUUUGGUGAUAAUAAUUAUCCCGUUCAAGCCGACUGUGAAUGGUUAAUUGUGUCUGACCGGGGCUACCGAAUAGAAUUAACUUUUCAAACGUUUGAGAUGGAAGAAGAGGCAGACUGUGGUUAUGACUACCUAGAACUCUUUGAUGGACAUGACACAACUGCUCUGAGGCUUGGUCGGUUUUGUGGAUCAGGGCCACCUGAAGAAAUUUAUUCAGCAGGUGAUUCUAUUUUACUCCAUUUUCACACGGAUGAUACAAUCAAUAAGAAAGGAUUCCAUAUACGAUACAAAAGUAUAAAACAUCAAGAUAAUGUUCACACCAGAAAAUAACACAAGAUUCCUUAGACAUGAAAUGAGACAAGAAAGAGCAAUGGUUAUGGAAAGAGAGGGGUGGGGUUUUUUUUUACUGACCUUAUUAGUAAACAAAGAUUUUUACACCAUGAGUUCAAAUUGAAGGAAAACUCGUACACCCAAAACACCUCGCUGUUACGUAUACUCCAUUUCUAGAGGAACAGACGUUAUGGUGAUGAUGUGUGGUCCCCAUGCGUGGUAGUCUCUGCAAAGCUGGCAAAGGGGCAUUGCAUGCUUCCAGGGAGACUAAAGAUCUUUGUUCACAGCAUAAGUGUCAUAGCUGCCUGCAUACUCGACCAGUUAGGUUCAGGGGAAGCAGACUGUUCUUCCUUUUGACAAGUGACUGGUGUCCAGGAGGGGAAAAUAAACCUUACCUUCUGCAAGUCAUGCAACUCAAAAUGCUGUCCUUAUAUCUUUCUUAUUUUAAUUGCUUUGGUGAUGUAUCCAGGAUACAAUGCAUACAAAGAGAAUUUAGAUGUCAGGGAAGAGGGAAGGGAGGUCUUCUGGGAUUAUGAUAUACACACAAUUCAUUUGUCCCAUCAACAUGUUAAUAUGACGAAAACUGGAAAACUACAUUUACAGAAUCAUUUGAUCUUUAGAGAGUUUUGAUUAUAGCAACACAUUGGAAUGUCUGAAGCUUUAAACGUUCAUCUUAAUUAUUAGUACAUCCAGACCUUGGAUACUGUCAGUGACUGAGAAUACUGGAUUUAUUAUUGCUGCAGGACUCUGUAUUUGCUGACCUUAAAUUUUACACUGAGAACUAUUUAAAAAAAGGGUUAGUAUUUUACAAUUUUGCUGCAGGCCUUUAUCCAGCAAACAACAGAAAUAAUCAGGAUAAAAACAAUCAAAAUGCCAGAUAUGGAUUUAAUUUCUAUAGUAAUGAGCUGCUAAACUGCUUUUCUUUGGAAAUUUUUGUGAAUGAGCUUAUUAUUUUAAACAAAUGAAAAAGAAAUGGUUUCCAAAGACCAAGUUUCCCUAAGAACUGAAAGAAGAAGAAAUUUUGUUUUCUGGGAAUAAGAUUUUUUUGAUGGCAAAGAUCAUUUCUAUGGUGCUAUUCCAUGAACAUUAACAAAAACAAAAACCAAGAUAUUUUAGAUCUUUGAGCCAACAACUUGCAGAUCAUGAAUGUCUCACUAUGUCUGGCUGCAUCUUAAGAAGAACAGACUUUCUAAGCAUGUGAAAAAAGAGCAUUGCAAUGGCAACACUAGCCCUGUGGAACAACUACUACUAUUGCCUUAGAAUUCUUGCACAUGAUCAAACAGAUCUUCCUGUAGAUAUAUUCAAUUUAAUAGAACUGACAACUUGAACAUUUAAAUAUGUAUUCACAAAAGUGAUCCUCAAGCAAAUUCCCAUCUGCAGAGCAAGAUCAUCAGUUGUAAAUACAGUGGACUUGCUACCAAUGUAGAAACAUGUUACUUUUAGAAAGAACUAUUGUAUGUGCUUUAGGCCAUACAUGGCUUUAGUCACAAUGUAUAUGCAUCAUGUAAGUAUGUAUGAAUGAGUGCUUUAAGAGAGUGAGGAGUUUUGCGAAUGAAUGGGCAGGUAAAUUGUACUUCAUGUGCCAAGUUCUACCAGAAUCCGGAUUGACUGUAGCAACUUUCUUUAAAGGUUUCAUAAGCAGGACUUCAAUAAAGAAUCAAGAGCUAAUGGAGUGUUACGUUUCAUUUAAAAGAAAUAUUUUGAUAUCAUUUGAUGUUGGUUGCUACUCAUCUUGGUUUUUGUUUCCUUACCAUGACCAUACACUGGCAUUAAGAAAUGUUUGGGGUUUUGUUUUUUUUAAAAAAACAAUAAAAUAAAACUAAGCAUG